AUGCCCCGUGCCCCCUCCUUCAUGCCCUUGCUGCUGCUGCUGCUGCUCUCGCUGCCCCAGCCCCAGGCUGCCUUCCCCCAAGACCCACUCCCUCUGCUGAUCUCUGACCUGCAAGGUGCCUCCCCAUCGUCCUGGUUCCGGGGGCUGGAGGACGAUGCCGUGGCCGCACAACUCGGGCUGGAUUUUCAGAGAUUUCUGACCUUGAACCGGACCUUGCUGGUGGCCGCCCGGGAUCACGUUUUCUCCUUCGAUCUGCAAGCCCAAGAAGAAGGGAAGGGGCUGGUACCCAACAAGUAUCUAACAUGGAGAAGCCAGGAUGUGGAGAACUGUGCUGUGAGGGGGAGGCUGACGGACGAGUGUUACAACUACAUCCGUGUUCUCAUUCCCUGGGACUCCCAGACUCUCCUUGCCUGUGGAACAAACUCGUUCAGUCCCGUGUGCCGCAGCUAUGGGGUAACUUCACUGCAGCAGGAGGGUGAGGAGCUGAGCGGGCAGGCUCGAUGCCCCUUUGACGCCACCCAGUCCAACGUGGCCGUGUUUGCAGAGGGCAGUCUGUACUCAGCCACAGCUGCGGAUUUCCAGGCCAGUGACACAGUGGUUUACAGGAGCCUUGGGCCUCAGCCCCCACUCCGGUCCGCCAAGUACGACUCCAAGUGGCUCCGAGAGCCACACUUCGUCCAUGCCUUGGAGCACAGAGACCAUGUCUACUUCUUCUUCCGAGAGGUCUCUGUGGAGGAUGCCCGGCUAGGGAGGGUGCAGUUCUCCCGUGUGGCCCGUGUCUGUAAGCGUGACAUGGGCGGCUCGCCUCGGGCCUUGGACCGCCACUGGACUUCCUUCCUGAAGCUGCGGCUCAACUGCUCUGUCCCUGGGGACUCCACCUUCUAUUUUGAUGUCCUCCAGGCCUUGACUGGGCCUGUAAACCUGCACGGCCGCUCUGCUUUCUUUGGGGUCUUCACCACCCAGACCAAUAGCAUCCCUGGCUCUGCUGUCUGCGCCUUCUACCUGGAGGACAUUGAGCGUGGGUUUGAGGGCAAGUUCAAGGAGCAGAGAAGUCUGGACGGGGCCUGGACCCCUGUGUCUGAGGAUAGGGUCCCCUCACCCAGGCCAGGGUCCUGCGCAGGAGUAGGUGGAGCAGCCUCAUUCUCGUCUUCUCGAGACCUCCCUGAUGACGUCCUGACCUUCAUCAAGGCUCACCCGUUGCUGGACCCCGCAGUGCCACCAGCCACGCAUCAGCCGCUACUCACCCUCACCAGCAGGGCCCUACUGACCCAGGUGGCUGUGGAUGGAAUGGCGGGUCCCCACAGUAAUACCACAGUCCUGUUCCUUGGCUCCAACGAUGGGACAGUGCUGAAGGUGCUGCCCCCAGGGGGGCGGCCUGGGGGAUCUGAGCCCAUCCUGUUGGAAGAGAUUGAUGCCUACAGUCCCUCCCGAUGCAGUGGGAGGCAGUCAGCCCAAACGGCACGGCGGGUCAUGGCGCUCGAGCUGGACACUGAGGGUCACAGGCUUUUUGUGGCUUUUUCUGGCUGCGUUGUCUACCUCCCUCUCAGCCGCUGCACCCGGCAUGGGGCCUGUCGAAGGAGCUGUCUGGCUUCUCAGGACCCAUACUGUGGAUGGCACAGCUCCCGAGGCUGUGUGGAUAUCAGGGGACCUGGUGGGACUGAUGUGGAUCGGGUUGGGGACUGGGAAGCCGUGGAUGAUGGUGACUGCCAAGAUGGAGCUACUGGGAGUCAGUCUGGCCCAGGGGAUUCUGCUUACGUGCUUCUGGGUCCUGGCCCUUCCCCUGAGAUCCCCAGCCCCCCCAGUGAAGCCCACCCCCGGCCCCAGUCUUCCACUCUUGGAGCUCACACUCAGGGCGUGCGCCGGGACCUCCCCCCAGCCUCGGCCUCCCGUUCCGUCCCCAUCCCACUCCUCCUGGCCAGCGUGGCCGCAGCCUUCGCCCUGGGCGCCUCGGUCUCUGCCCUGCUGGUCUCCUGCGCCUGUCGCCGCGCCCACCGACGUCGCAGCAAGGACAUCGAGACCCCGGGGCUCCCGCGCCCGCUCUCCCUCCGCAGUCUCGCCCGACUCCACGGGGGCGGCGCAGACCCCCCGCCGCCGUCCAAGGACGGAGACGUGGCCCAGACGCCCCAGCUCUACACCACUUUCCUGCCUCCCUCCGAGGGCGCGUCCCCGCCGGAGCUGGCCUGCCUGCCCACCCCGGAGUCCACGCCCGAGCUGCCGGUCAAGCACCUCCGCGCCGCCGGGGGGCCCUGGGAGUGGAACCAGAACCGGAACAACGCCAAGGAGGGCCCGGGCCGCGCGCGGGGCGGGAAUGCGGCGGCACCACCCGCCCUGCUCACUCGGGUCCCCUCGGGAGGCCCCUCCAGACACUCCGGGGGUCUCGGGAGGCACCUCCCGUACCUGGGCCGGCCCGAGGGAUACCGGGGCCGCGCCCCGAAGAGGGUGGACGCCGAGAAGCCCCAGUUGCCCCCGAAGCCUCCCCUCGUCAGUCCUUCCUCCCAGCAGGCCGUCUCUAACGGCAGCCAUUUUAACUUUUAA